AUGCCGACAUCGUGGAUUUAUAAACUAUCGAAAUCGCAAUUAAUUGAGAAGCUCCAGCAGGCAGCUUCAGUAGACGGCGAUUUAGUUUUCAAGGAAAACGAUAGUAUAGAUACGUUGCGAAGAGUAUUGGCACGGCACGUACGAGAUCAAGGUAGCGCGAAGAUGACGGCGAACGGUAGAGAGAGUGACAACACAGAGAAGCAUUCCAAAGGGAAGGCAACUCACACAAUGGCAAACGAUAAUAACUCAAAAUUGGAAUUUCACUUGGGCAAGGACGAUUGGGAAACGUAUACCGAACGCUUAAAAUUGUAUUUCUUGGCGAACGACGUGGAAAACGCUAAGAAGGUGCCAGUGUUAUUAACUAAAAUAAGUGCGAAAGCAUAUAAAUUGAUAAGAGAUCUGUGUGCACCAGAUAAGCCUAUAACAAAAACGUAUGAGCAGUUAAUAAAGUUGAUGUCAAACCAUUUAUGCCCGAAACCAUCGGAAGCGAUGGAACGAUGUAAGUUCCACCAAGCGCAACAAGCGGCGACGGAAUCAAUCGCAGAAUUCGCGGCGAGACUAAAAAGAUUGUCAAUAAACUGUGGAUUCAAAGAUGCGGCAACAGCUCUACGAGAUCAACUGGUAUGUGGAAUAAAAGACCAUGCUACAAAGAUACUGUUGUUUCGAGAAGAAGGCUUAACAUACGACAAGGCGUAUAAAAUAGCAACGGCAGCGGAGGAAGCCGAGAGGAAUGCCACGUCCACGGAUAAACUUAAUACAGCUACGGCAGCGCAAACAAAUGUUAAUACAAUUUGCACAGUUGCCAAACCGAAUUGGAAUUACGGGAAGCAGCGAAAUAAUUAUCGUGGUAAACAAGGUCACGGAAAUGCAAAACACGCGAAUGGAAACACAGGCCCAUCGUCACAAAGCUCAACAGGCAGCAGAAAUUGUUACUGCUGUGGGAAGGCGAACCACUGGGCGCGGGACUGUUUCCAUCGCCAUAAAACGUGUACAAGCUGCAAUAAGAAGGGUCAUUUAGCCACGCAGUGCCGAAGGAAGAAGGAAGACGUCCAACAUGUUGACGUAGGAGCAGAGAAGGACAAAGGGACAUACGACUUUCUUAACCUCGAGCUAGGAGGGAACAGCGAGGAAUCAACAUGCGGUACCAUAGAAUCAAGCGGGGACAAGGUCAUAGCGGAACCUAUGUAUGUAAACGUCGCGAUAAACGGAAAAAGCGUAAAUAUGGAGAUCGAUACGGGUACGUACGCGUCGAUAAUAUCGAGGGAAAAUAAAAAUAAAUUACUUCCGACACUAGAGGUGAAAAAGUUAAGUAAAACGUUGAAUGCAUACGAUCAAACACCUUUAAGUCACGAAGGAAUAUUACAGGAUCUUGUCGUGAAGUUAGGCAAAAAAGAAGUUAAAGCAAAUAUGAUAGUAAUGUCGCGAGCGGGGCCGACGCUAAUAGGCAGGCAAUGGUUAAAACUCCUCGGGUUAUGGCCGCUAGCGAUUAAGAGCGAGUUAGUUAGCGAAAGAGUAAUACAUAAGAUGGAUGUAGCGAACGUAAGAAAUGAGUUUGUAAGGCAGCAUCCCACGUUGUUUGGUCCGGGACUCGGAGUAUAUAAUAAAGGUAUGCUGAAAUUAGUAUUAAAAGAAGGUGCGAAGCCGGUAGCAUUGAAAGCACGGAGACUACCAUUCGCGCUAAAUGAAAAAGUCGAAACAGAAAUUAAUAGAUUAGUUAAACUAGGGCAUCUGGAGAAAAUUGAAGUUAGCGAAUGGGCAACUCCUAUAGUGCCGGUAAUAAAAAAUGACGGAUCGGUCAGGAUCUGCGGAAACUUUAAAUUAACAAUAAAUCCAUGGCUGAUUAUAGAUCGCCAUCCUUUGCCGUUAAUAGAUGAGAUUUUCGCCGCGUUAAGAAAUGGAAAAACGUAUUCGCAAAUAGACUUGACACACGCGUAUAUGCAAAUUCCAGUAGAAGAGAGUUCUCGGAACUAUUUGGCGAUAAUAACGCACAAAGGACUAUAUAGAUACACGAAACUGACUGAAGGUAUAGCAUCGGGGCCGGGAGAUUUUCAACGGAAAAUCGAGCAGUGUUUGGCGGGUGUAAGGGGCGCAAUCCCAUAUUUAGAUAAUAUAUUCUGCACCGGGGAAACUGACGAAGAGCAUCUCCAAACAUUAAAGGAAGUAUUUGAUCGUCUGGGAAGUUGUGGGUUUAAAGUAAAUAUUAAGAAAUGCGACUUCUUUAAAGAAAAACUAGACAUUCUCGGAUUCGUAAUCGACAGGAAUGGCUUGCAUAAAUCCAUAACUAAAGUAAAAGCGAUGAGUGAGGCACCGAAGCCGCAAAACCUUAAACAAUUACAGUCUUUUAUAGGGUUAGUUACGUAUUAUGCGAGAUUUCUGCCGGACAGGGCGGAAAUGCUAAAACCGUUAUACGAGUGUGUUAAGGGAAGUAAGUUUGAAUGGACCAAAAGUUGCGAUAAAGCCUUUGAAUGGGUAAAAACUGAACUAACAUCGUCAAAAGUGUUAGCGCAUUAUGAUCCGAAAGAAGAGAUUAUCUUAGCGUGCGACGCCUCGGCGUACGGAUUAUCAGCGAUACUAUCACAUAAAUACGCCGACGGUAUUGAGAAACCGAUAGCUUACGCGUCCAAGGUCAUUUCGGACGGGGAAUUACAUCGAGCACCGAUUGAUAAGGAAGCAAACGCGCAUUCAAAGUGGCCAGAGAUUGUCGACAUGAACAAUUGUACUCAGGUACCGAAGGUGCUGGCGGAAUUUAAGAUGUUAGGUAGAUUUGGACUACCGAGACAUUUAGUUACCGACAACGGGAUCCAAUUCACGAGUGUUGAAUUUAGAGAAUUUGCCUUUGGCAGCUACCCGUUGCAGUGGGAGCAUUUGUGGCACUGUGCCGCAAAUGCUCCCACUGGACGUGGGAGAAUAUAUAUGUGUCAAUACACAUAUACUCCCAAGAAGUUGUAA